UCCUGCACACACAUUGUUACACAGAACCUUCCUAUACCCAUACAGGCCGGGCACACACGGUGGCAGCGCGACUCCGCACCUGACCUCGAAAAAUAGCCGGCCGCCGCGAGCCUGCUGCAGGAAGCCGCGCUCGGCGGCGCUUCCAACAGGCGCAUUUUAGUGUCGGAACGCACGACAGUGAUUUUAGUGAUACCGGAUGAUCCUGUGGAGGCUUCAGUGAUGCUUCGUUUGGAAAGUGACUAGAAAAUAAUAAAGUAAGCGCUUCCCUAAUCAUUUACUAUUUUUAUGUGGACAAUAAUAGAACCGUGCGGCCGCGGCGAUCCCGAAAGCAAACAAUAAACCCGGACACCUGUAGCAUGAAGGCUAAGGAACAAUAAAAACUUUAUCGCACGUAGAUAAAAUAAUGCCCGUUUCGUUUAAGUUGGACGCGUGUUGCCGGCCACCAACAACGUUCGGGUCCUUCUGCGCAUAAUUAAUUAAUUGUGGUUACGCAUAUAGAGUUAUUCAAAUCGAGUGGGCAGAUCAAAGUGUGGGCGUCAAAGAUGGAGGACGGCUGGGAGUCCCACGUAUCCCCUUUGAUGAUGGGCGUGGGGAUGGGUGAGAUGCAGGGUAUGGGAGAGAUGCAGGCACAUGGGCAGGAUAUUCCUGGUGAGAUGAGCAUGCCGCAGCACCAUCACGACCUCGCUUCCCAUCCCGAUAUGAACCCGGACAUCCACCAGGACAUCGAACAGGACCUGGGCAGGGAUCUUGGACAUCACAUUAUCCGGUCUCAUCACGCGGAUAGUCUGGCAGGGUCGGCGGCCGAUUAUUACCCGCAUCAGGACGGCGGCGGUUACUUCACCAACAAAGAGGUAAGAAACCCUUAGACAGUAUUUUCCAGAUGUGAAAGGAGUUAGUACCAUUUCUUGCUUUCGGUUGAACGCCAAUCAGAUUUCUGAUUGUGGCUAGGCAAAAGAACAACGGACGCCUACACAUGUAGGCUCUAGUAAUUGUAUUUCACUAUCUAUUUAAGUGCAUCUU